UUGAGAAAUAUUCAAUGUCUGACAGUGCCAGGCGCGCUAACCAGAACCACAAUAUUACAGACUGCAGCAACUACAAGUGAUAAAUGAGGGGACAAUUGUGACAGACUGUUCUUCCUAAACCGUUUUGAGUCCAUCACAAAAAGAAACCGGGAAGCCAAAAUGAUCCCAAACAGCUGAUUUGCAGGACGCAGACAGCUUUUCAAACUCAAAUUUAUUCCUAUUUGGAUAACGUUAUUCUUUCAUGAAAAGGUGACAGGUCUUUACCUCCACAGUUAACACCGUAACAUACAUGACUUCAUAAUGGAAACUGAAGGCCAGAUACAGGAAAAUGAAUGUGUCUCUCAGACAGACACAGCUGGUAACACUGAAAGGAAAACGGCAGCAGUAGGACCAGGAACAAGCGAUCUUAGGAAACCUAUGUCAUGUCCAGGUCGGUUUCAAUGUACUGUGUGUGGCAAAGAAUUGACAAGAGCAAGUAGCCUUCGGACACACAUGAGGUGCCACAUUGGAGACAAGCCGUAUGAGUGUACUGAAUGUGGAAAAGUGUUUAAGCGAUCAGAACAUCUGCAGACGCACAUAAGGAGUCACAGUGGAGUCAAGCCUUAUGAGUGCACGGAGUGUGGGAAAGCAUUUUCACGAUCAGGAACUCUCCAGACACACAUGAGGUGUCAUAGUGGAGUCAAGCCUUAUCACUGUACUGAAUGUGGGAAAACAUUUGCACAUUCAGGUGGCCUGCAGGUACAUAUGAGAAGUCACAGUGGAGUCAAACCUUAUCAGUGUACUGAGUGUGGAAAAACAUUUACAAUAUCAAGUAAUUUGCAGACACACAUGAGGAUUCACAGUGGAAUCAAACCUUAUCAGUGCAGUGAGUGUGGCAAAGACUUUACAAGAUCAGGUAGUCUGCAGACGCACAUGAGGUGUCACAGUGGCAUCAAACCUUACCAGUGCAGUGAGUGUGGCAAGGAUUUUACAAGAUCAGAUAGUCUGCAGACGCACAUGAGGUGUCACAGUGGCUUCAAACCUUAUGAGUGUGGUGAAUGUGGGAAAGCGUUCAAACAAUCAAAUGACCUUCAGAGACACAUGAGGUAUCACACUGGCGUAAAGCCAUACCUGUGUACUGAGUGUGGGAAAGCAUUUACAGAAUCAGGUCAUCUACAGAGACACAUGAGGUACCACAGUGGUGUAAAACCCUACAAGUGUCCUGAGUGUGGGAAAGCAUUUACAGAAUCAGGUCAUCUUCAGAGACACAUGAGAUGUCACAGUGGAGUCAAGCCCCAUGAGUGUAAAGAGUGUGGGAAAGCUUUCACACAGUCGAGUAUCCUGAUGAGACACAUGAAAUGUCACAAAGGACUCAAGUAUGACUUCAUAAUGAAAACUGAAGGCCUGAUUGAGGAUGACUGUGUCUCAAAAUCAGAGAGUACCCCUCAAGGGGUGAGUAUGGGAACAAGUGCUGGUCAGAAACCAAUGUCAUGUCCAAGGCUGGUUCAGUGUGCAGAGUGUGGUAAAGAAUUUACAAGCUCAAGUAGCCUUCGGACACACAUGAGGUGCCACAUUGGAGACAAGCCGUAUGAGUGUACUGAAUGUGGAAAAGUUUUUAAGCGAUCAGAACAUCUGCAGACGCACAUGAGGAGUCACAGUGGAGUCAAGCCUUAUGAGUGCACGGAGUGUGGGAAAGCAUUUACACGUUCAGGAACUCUCCAGACACACAUGAGAUGUCACAGUGGAAUCAAGCCUUAUCACUGUACUGAAUGUGGAAAAGCAUUUACCCAAUCAGGUGGCCUGCAGACACACCUGAGAAGUCACAGUGGAACCAAACCUUAUCACUGUACCGAGUGUGGGAAAGCAUUUACACAAUCAAGCAAUCUGAAGACACAUAUGAGAAGUCACAGUGGCCUCAAGCCCUAUCAGUGUUCUGUGUGUGGCAAAGACUUCACAAGAUCAGGUAGUCUGCAUUCACACAUGAAGUGUCACAGUGGCAUCAAGCCCUAUGAGUGUGGUGAGUGUGGGAAAGCAUUCACACGAUCAAAUGAUCUUCAGAGACACAUGAGGUAUCACAGCGGCAUCAAGCCUUACCAGUGUGGUGAGUGCGGAAAAGCGUUUACAGAAUCAGGUCACCUGCAGAUACACAUGCGAUGUCACAGUGGAGCCAAGCCUUAUGAGUGUAGAGAGUGUGGGAAGACAUUCAGAACUUCAAGCCACCUGAACAAUCAUAUGAAGUGCCACAGUGGACUCAAGUCUUAUAGCUUUGGAUACUUGACAUCCAAAUGGAAACAGAAGAUACUUGACAUCAUUAUGGAAACAGAAGGCCAGAUUCUGAAUGAUGGCUGCGUCUCUACAUCAGACAGUGCAAGUGAAAAGGAGAGUAUAGGAACAAGUGAUGUUAAGAAACCCAAGUCGUGUUCACGUGUAUUCAAGUGUCCAGAGUGUGGCAAAGAGUUGACAACAUCAAGUAACCUGCGGAAACACAUCAGGAGUCACAGUGGAGUCAAGUCUCAUGUGUGUAGAGAGUGUGGGAAAGCAUAUUCAACAUCAAGUGACCUGAAGAGACACAUGAUGACUCACAGUGGAGUCAAGCCUUAUCAGUGUAGGGAGUGUGAUAAAGCAUUUGCCCAAUCAAGUGACCUAAAGACACACAUGAGAUGUCACAGUGGAAUUAAGCCUUAUCACUGUACUGAAUGUGGGAAAACAUUUACCCAAUCAGGUGGCUUGCAGACACACCUGAGAAGUCACAGUGGAACCAAACCUUAUCACUGUACCGAGUGUGGGAAAGCAUUCACACAAUCAAGUAAUCUGAAGACACACAUGAGAAGUCACAGUGGCCUCAAGCCCUAUCAGUGUACAGUGUGUGGCAAAGACUUCACAAGAUCAGGUAGUCUGCAUUCACACAUGAAGUGUCACAGUGGCAUCAAGCCCUUUGAGUGUGGUGAGUGUGGGAAAGGAUUUAAACGAUCAAAUGAUCUUCAGAGACACAUGAGGUAUCACAGCGACAUUGAGUCUUAUGAAUGUACUGUGUGCGGAAAAGCGUUUACAGAAUCAGGUCAUCUGCAGAUGCACAUGAGGAGCCACAGUGGAGCCAAGUCUUAUGAGUGCAUGGAGUGUGGUAGAGCAUUUGCACAGUCAGCUACCCUCACCAGACACAUGAGAUGUCACAGUGGAGCCAAGCCUCAUCAGUGUACUGAGUGUGGGAAGGAAUAUGUAGAACUAGGCAGUCUUCAAACACACAUUAAGUGUCACAGUGGCUUUAAGCCUUAUGAGUGUGGUGAAUGUGGGAAAGAAUUCCCAAGAUCAGCUGACCUCCAGAGACACAUGAGGAGCCACAGUGGAGCCAAGCCUUAUGAGUGUGCUGAGUGUGGUAGAGCAUUUGCACAGUCAGGUACCCUGAAGAGGCAUGUGCUGAGCCACAGUGGAACCAAGCCUCAUGAGUGUAAAGAGUGUGGGAAAGCUUUUACACGAUCUAGUAUCCUGAUGAAACACAUGAAGAGUCACAGUGGAGUCAAGCCUUAGUAUCGUGAAAGAUGGACGGAAUUUAGAGAAGCAGACACAUUCUCUGGUGACAGAUCUAACUUUAGUAUUCAUCAUUGUUCCCAUGGUAACAUCUAAGGAAGGUAACAGCUCUUUGACUUGUUCCAGUAGCUUUGGAUACUUGACAUCUAAAUGGAAACAGAAGGCCAG